GUAUCUUUCAGCUUUUUUCCUCAGUUUAAACGUUCGUAUAUUAUCACCUACACUUAUCCCUUUUUCCUUGAGUCAUUUGCUUUUAUACCCUGGACUGGAGAAUCUGAAAGGUUAAUAACGCAGAAAAUGGACGAUAUUCCACAAGCGAAUCUGACUUGGUGGAAUGUCCUUCAAGCUUCAACAGCAGUAUUCAUAGCAGCUGGCAUCAGCAUAUGUCUAGGCACAAAAUUAGAAAUAUCCUUGAUUAUAUCCGCCAUUAGAUGCGUUGUACAACUUUCACUUAUAGGUUUGGUUUUGGAUGACGUCCUUAAAACACAGCAUAUGAGCGUAGUCAUAGCAAUGUCUGUUUUACUGGUGUUCUUAGGUGCUUUUGAAACUGUAUUCAAUAGGACAAAAAAGUCAUUCAAAGGAUUGUUUCCGCUUAUGUUGAUAAUUUUGUUUUUGAGCAAUUUCGUGAUAGCUUACCUUGGAUCAGCCUUUGUACUGAAAGCAGACCCUUUCUGGGACCCACCGACAUUUGUCCCUAUCAUAGGCAUGUUACUGGGUAACUCAAUGAGUAGUGUGGCUAUGGCUACAGAGCGUUGUUUAGAUCAAUUCAGAAUUCACACACCUGCACUCGAAACGCGUUUAUCAUUUGGCGCCUCUCGAUAUGAAGCGACUUUGCCGCUGGCGGUAGAGACAAUUCGUAUGUCACUUCUUCCUAUCAUUACUCAACUCAGUGUGAUGGGUAUGAUCAAUAUUCCUGGCAUGAUGACUGGUCAAAUCAUGGCAGGAACGCCCAUGAAAGAUGCUGUGAUUUAUCAGCAAUGUAUUAUGUUUAUGGUAGCAGCAAGCAGUACUUUAGGAGCUGUCAUGUCUGUUGCAGUCUGUUUGUCUGUACUUAUUGAUAAGGAACAGACUAUGAGACAGGAUAGAAUUCUGAAUAAUAAGCCUUUGCUGGAGUAUUUCCCUUUCAAUAGACUCAAGUAUAAGAUUCGAUGUUCUUGUAAGUGUGUAAAAUGGUACAUAAAGAAAAGAGGAAGGAAGUCCAUGUCUGAUGAGGCCUAGAAUUAUAUCAAAACCACCGUCAAAAUUCUGCUGAUCGCUGUCAUGCCUUCUUUGACAAUCCUUUAUGUAAAGAAAAAUAUUAUACCAUCGUUUUAUCGUAAACUUUGUUUUUCACACUUCUAUAUACUUUAUUGUAAAAUACCACUACAUACUUUUACGCAUACACUCUCCUUUUAUUUAUUGUUUAAUAUAUAGAUCCAGAAUAUAUUUUGUAAUGG